ACGGCGACGGUAACAUCGUCUUCCGAGAAGGUCGCCGUUGCGAACGAGCGCGAUGUCUACGGCCUCAGCGGCGACAUCAAGAAGGAUCUCUUGAAUUACCUUGACAACAUUGCCAGCUCUGGUGACUUCGCGACCAUGAAAUCUUUUUCGAAACUUCCUGUAAACCUCGAAAUUCGUCUUUUGGGUGAUGAAAAUCAAGAAGAUGCUGAGAUUGACAUUCCAUUGGGCUUGCAAGAUGCUCAGAAACUUAUCAACGUCUCGCGUCGAGCACCUUUCGGCAAGGGCGAACAGACCAUUGUUGAUACCAGUUUUCGCAACACUUGGGAACUCGAUCCCAGUCAAUUCUCGCUCAGCGACCAAUGGCAGCCUUAUGUCGAUACUCUGAUGAGGAGUGCUUGCGUUGGGUUGGGCGUAAAAACGAAUGAUAUCAGGGCGGAACUAUACAAGAUGCUGCUCUACGAAAAAGGCGCAAUGUUCAAACCUCAUGCAGAUUCUGAGAAGACAAAGGUCUGCCUUCAGCGCAUUUUGGUGGAAGUGUUGUUUUAUCCCAUAAUGGCAAGCAGCAUGAAUUCUAGACGUCAUAUCGCGAGUGUUUGGCUUGGUAGGUACUCAAAUGUCACCCAUGAAGUUCUGGAAGUCACAUCUGGCUGCCGGUGGGUCCUUACCUAUAAUCUUGUUCAAGAGCAGGAGAGCAAAUCAGGAUCCGAAGUAGCGGGAAGGAAGCUGCAUGCAAUCCUUGCCGACUGGAAACAGCAGAAAGUGGAAGCAGCGAUUUCGAGCAACGCACCUCCCUCCCAACUCUCAAAAGACAGCGAAGAUAGCAGCGUCUCUUCAACAUCAACAGAACACGAAGACACACGAAAAUCGGGAUUCGGCCUCAAGCAAGCCAUAUACUUGUUGGAGCACAAGUACACGCAAUCAAACCUCAACAUCGAAUCAUUGAAAGAUGCCGACCGCCUCAGAGCCAAGGAGCUCUUGUCUAUCUGUGAUGACUAUGGCUACACCCUCUAUCCUCGCAAGCCUGGAGCG